ACUCUUGUCCGUACGAGCCAUUUUCUCUCUGUGAGACCAUCCGUUUGCUUUCUCGAAGGUACGGUUUUCAAACCCUAAUUUCCUCCGAAGAACUUCUCGGCGUGGCGGUGUCAUCUUUUCGGACUUCUGGUUGCAGAGAAAGAGGAGUAAGAAAGAAACAUCAAACUGGAUGGUUUUGGUUUUCGGGAGAAAUGCUCCAACAGCGUCUGUAUGCGUAUUUUAGUGUCGUUGUCUAUUCGACAAUCCUGACUUCGCUGGCUCGGGCGUUCACUAACCCGCCGGAUGUGACAGCACUUCAGGAUUUUUACAGUGCUUUGAAUUAUCCAUCAGAGCUUAAAGGAUGGAGAAAAGAAGGUGGAGAUCCUUGUGAGGAAUCAUGGGCUGGAGUUUCUUGCUCUGGGUCAUCUGUAAUAUACCUUAAACUUCAUGGACUGAACCUCACUGGGAAUCUUGGAGGGCAGCUCAAUAGUCUUAAUACUUUGAAGCAACUGGAUGUUAGUUCCAAUAGACUUACGGGUGGAAUUCCUCGCAACUUGCCCCCUAAUGCCACUCAUAUAAAUAUGGCAUUCAACAAUUUGAGCGAAAAUAUUCCACAUACUUUAUCUAACUUGGGAAGUCUCCGACAUCUGAAUCUGAGCCAUAAUACUCUAUCUGGUGUGAUUGGAAAUGUGUUCACUGGUUUACAGAAUUUGAGGGAGAUGGACUUGUCAUAUAAUGGAUUCACUGGUGAUUUGCCAAGUUCAUUCGGUUCCCUGACAAACAUCACCAGGCUGUUCUUGCAGGACAACAAAUUCACUGGAUCGGUUGCCUACUUGUCUCACCUUCCAUUAAUUGACUUGAACAUCCAAGACAAUUAUUUUAGUGGCAUUAUUCCCGGAAGUUUUAGAACUAUUCCAAACUUGUGGAUUGGGGGAAAUAGGUUCCGUCAAGAAGUCAAUUCUCCACCCUGGGAUUUCCCCCUGGAAAAAGCACCAGUGGUGAAAAACAUCAGUGGUCCUCCAACAACCAAGUCAAAUGCCAUCCAGAAUUAUCCCUCUCGUGGUAGUAUAGUCAGGCAUGAGAAGAAAAGGCUCGGUCCUGGUGGAAUAGUUCUCCUGGUUGGGGGGAUAACACUAGUAGUAACCUUUACGGCUCUCUUUGUUGUUUUCACCAUGAAGAAAGUACAUGAAAAGAAAAUAAAUUUGAAGAUUAGCAAUAUUUUACCCCGUUCUCUCCCUCUUGACAAAUCUGAAGAUGGUUCGUCUACUGCACCAGAAGAAAGUUCACGAAGUUUGUCCCUUAGUUCUCUACUUAUGGGUGGUCCAAGGCCUAUACCUCUAUUAAAUCACACAAGAACCGAGAAAUUUUCUGGAAGAAAAGGUUUCUCAAAGAGAUGCAGGCUCCCGGUGAGAACAAAAGUUUACACUCUAGCAGAGCUUCAAUCUGCAACAAACAACUUUAGCGAUGCGAAUCUUCUUGGAGAGGGAUCUCUUGGUGCUGUUUAUAGAGCUGAAUUUCCUGAUGGCCAAGUUUUGGCUGUGAAAAACAUCAACAUGGAAGAACUCUCUUUUACAGAAGAAGAGCAGUUUCUGGAUGUGGUAUGGACUGCUUCCCGUUUGAGGCACCCGAACAUUGUUACACUGUUUGGAUAUUGUGUAGAGCAUGGACAACAUUUACUCGGAUAUGAAUAUGUUCGAAAUUUGUCUCUUGGUGACGCUUUACACUGUGAAGCAUACAUGCCUCUGUCAUGGACUGUCCGUUUCCAGAUUGCUCUUGGAGUUGCUAGGGCCUUAGAUUAUUUGCAUACAAGCUUUUUCCCUCCAUUUGCUCACUGCAAUCUGAAGGCUUCCAACAUCUUACUUGAUGAAGAACUGAUGCCUCGUAUUUGUGAUUGUGGGUUGUCUGUUUUGAGGCCACUUGUGAUCAAUAGAGUUAAAACAAAGGCUUCUGAGAUUGUCAGUGGUGACAGAGGCUACCUUGCACCUGAACACGGCCAGCCAGGAUUUGAUAAUACCAGAAGUGAUGUGUAUUCUUUCGGAGUGUUGCUUUUGGAGCUUGUCACAGGAAGAAAACCAUUUGACAAUUCGAAACCCAGGAAAGAGCAGUCGCUGGUGAAAUGGGCUUCAUCUCGGCUUCAUGACAAUGAGAGUUUGGAACAGAUGGUUGAUCCAGGCAUUAAAGGAACAUUUUCCUCUAAGACCCUCUCUCGCUUUGUCGACAUUAUCUCCCUUGGUAUACAGCCUGUGAAGGAAUUCCGACCACCAAUGUCUGAAAUAGUGGAACACCUGACAAAGCUUCAGAAAAAGAUGGAAAUGGAGAAACGAGGUGCAGCAGAAUUAGGAAGUGUUACUGAAGUGGAUCCUUUUGAGAAAUCUUUUCGUUCAACCAACACUGGCUUCGUAAGUUCACCAGCAUACAGCUAUUGUUCCACCUCGUUUUAGUCAAUCACUGUUCUUCUCUCAUGUACAUAGAAUCAUUCUUCUUUGUGCACGUACAGACACAGUUUUUACGUCAUGGUUAUAGAGUAAAGUUCUGAAAAAGAUCAGUAAAUAAA